AUGUUGGAGUUUGUGGAUUUGUGGACACUUGGAGACAGUUUGAGUCUUGGAAUGUAUGGAUUUUUCGGACGCAGCGAGGAAUCCGGGGAUGGGAUGAGUUUGGGAUCUUCUAAUAAAUCAAUUAAAGGUCUCAUGGAUUUGUAUUUUAAUGCAAAAGAGCACCAAAUUUUGAAAAGGUCAAAAGGCUGUGAGGGUGUAACAAUGGAGGCAUGCAAGGAGUUGAUGGAGAGAGCUAUGGAGGUUGAACACGUUAAGAAGUUGUUCAAACCACAUGAGGAGAUGUGCAAUUCAUAUGAUUGUUCUUUGAUGAUGGACAAGUGGACAGAUAGGAGAGAUCGUGCAUUUAUUAAUGUCAUAGUUAAUUGUCCACUUGGAUCUUAUUUCAUCGAGUCGAUUGAUGUUAGCAAGGACACGGUGGAUGGAAACAAAAUGCUAGAGCUCUUUGAAGCUUUUGUCAAUCAAGUGGGGAAGGAUAAAAUUGUGCAAGUCAUAUGUGACAAUGCUUCCGAGAACGUGAGAGCUAGCAAUGAUUUAAUGGACUUGUACCUGACUUUGUAUUGGACACCAUGCGCUGCCCAUUGCAUCAAUUUGAUGUUUAAGGACAUCUCUGAAAAUCGUCAUUUUGCAUUGGCGUACAAGCGGGCUUUGAAAUUGUCGGUGUACAUCCAUUCAAAGGCAAAGCUUUUGAAUUGGUUGAGGAAGUAUACCGGGAAGCAUGAUUUGGUCAAGUUUGCUAAGACUUGGUUUACUACAGCAUUCUUGACAUUCAAGAGGUUUCACAAGCAGAAGAACAAUUUGAGAAAAUUGUUCAAUUCAGAAGAAUUCCUCGCUAGCUCUUACUUCAAGGAAGAAGCAGGAAAAGAGUGUUCUAUAACUGUUCAAAUGCCAAACUUUUGGAAUACAAUUCUAGAAGCACAUAAAAUAGACGGUCCAUUGAUUAGCAUCAUUCAGUUAGUUGAUAGGGAUGUUAAGCCAUCAAUCAAUGGGUUAUAUAUUUGUCCUACGAAUCUACGAUGGAAAUCACCAAUGAAGUAA